AUGUUCACACUGAAAUUUGGCAUAACUCUAUUUUAUGGUGGACUAUCUUUUGUGGUUUAUUUUAUGACGAUUUUUAUGGUUAGAAAAUAUUGGAAAGAAUUUUCGAUUUCGUUUUUCCGAUUGUAUAUCGCGUUUUUUGUUUUUGUGAGUUUUUUUUACUGGGAAAAAAUAAUGGGAGAAUAUACGUUUCAAAAAUUUCUUGAAUAUUUUUUUGAUCUACUUUUGUUUUUGAUGUUUGAUCUACCAGGCAGGUUAUGCAGGAAAAUUCUGAAAAAUUUCCAAUAUUUUCAGCACAAAAUUCGGGUCUAGAAACUCUUCAAAGCCUACUGUUGUGCUACCAGUUCACCGUGAAAAAAUACUUUUCUAGACUGAAAUUUUGUGCUGAAAAUCAAUAAUUUCCUGAUGUUGAGCCCUCAAUUUUUUCAGAAUCUUCUAACAUUCCUCAACUCCUUCAUCACUGUUCGAAUCCCUCAAAACACAUGCAAAGAAUGUUUCCCAUCAACAUUUUUCAAAUCAAACUCUCAAAAUGCCACAUCAAAUUAUUUUCCCCUCAACAUUUUCUACACAAUUCAUUGGAGUAUGGCAUUUGUUCAAUAUUCAAUGAUAAUGUUAAUUUCAAUCAAUCGAUUUUCAAUGAUUUUCUUCAUGACUUCUUAUAAUAGCAAAUGGAAUAAGGCAUUUCCAUUCAUUAUUUUUAUUGUGGCAAUUUUUCCGAUUUCUCAAACUUAUCCCAUUUUUUUGAAACAGGCAUAUUUUGAUUAUACGGAAAGUUUGGAUUGUUAUGCAACAAAGACUUUGGCGGUAAGUGCAAAAUCACCUGGAUUUGAAAAAAAAGUGGGAGAACUGAAAACACAAAACUCAAGUUUCUGCUGAUGCAAAAUUUGUGAGUUAGUCUAAAUCAUCCAAUUUUUGAGAUCAAAAGAUCAAUGAAAACACAUGCUAAAAUUAAAACUGGAAAUUACUUAAAUGUUUUGAAAACUAGAGAUCACCAGAAAGUUAGAGACACAGAGAAGCCAGACAAUCAGAUAGCACUGUAUAGUAAGAGACGCAGACAAAAAGCUUUUGCUUUUGGCCUGUCUUUUUUCAGAUUCCUAAAAUGUUAGAGUCAGAUGAUGUUUACCUUAACAAAAAUCCAAUUUCAAUUCCCUGAAAAUCCUCCGUAAGUCAGAACCAAAAAAAGUUAGGAGAAGAUUAAUUUUCAAUCAAAAAUUGAAGAAUCUCACGUCCUGUAAAUCCCUAAUCAGAAAGCCAAAAUGAACUCAGCUCAAGAACAUUUAGUGGUCUUUUGAUUUUCAAAACAAAAAAACUGACUAUUUUUUCCAGGACACCAAUCCGAUUUACAAUUAUCUUCUGAUUUUCAUGGCAUUAACUACUGUAAUUACAGCACUGGCUAAUAUUUUGGCAUUUUUUAGACUUCAAUUUUUAGUCGAAAAAAUUCCGAAAGGCGAACAGAAUUUGAUGUUUGUUAGUUUGGCCAUGUUUAUUGUGCAAUUAUUUGCAGGCGGGAAUACGGUAAGUAGGUCUAGGCGCGACUACUUGGAAGAUAGGUUCUCUAGACUCGGCUACUUGAGAAAUAGACUCUCUAGGCGCUGACCCUUCACAAUUCAAUUUUCUAGCCGCGGCUGCUUGAAAAUUCAAUUCUAUAUAAUUUCCAGAUGAUAAUAAAAUUCAUGAUCAAUGAUAUGACAUCUCUCUGGGCUCAAGUUGCAGUAACUCUUCUUCCCUUCACAAGUGAUGGUUUGACUCUAAUCCACCCUUGGAUUUUACUGAUGUUCAGUAGGAAAGUUCGAAGUUAUAUGAUAAAAAUGUAUUUUCCAAAAUAUUACAAAUCUUCUACGGUUACUGUAAUGUCUACUAAACCAUGA